AUGAAGGGUUCUUUUACUCAUUGGGAAGAGGUCUAUGCAGAGAUAUACAAGAGCCUCUCCCCUGGUGGGUGCAUUGAACUCGCAGAUUGGGAUUUGGGACAAGUGCCAUUAGGCCCGGGAGAGAUCACAGCAGCAAACAUACCUAUGCCUACUCUUCGCAAACUGUACGUGGCGUUCAUGGAAGCGUCAUUCAAGUCUGGUCGUCCGCUCGGUCUCUUCUAUAUGCAUCACACCUAUCUCGAAGAAGCGGGAUUUGAAGACAUUCAAACGACUCACGUCAACGUACCGGUCGGGCAAUGGCCAAAGGACGAGGCGCAAAAGUCGCUUGGUAAAAUGAUGUUUGUGCUGGGUAUGGAGAUGUUUGAGCCGGUCUGCUUGCGGUUGUUGACGACAUGGGGUAGUAAGAACAGGAUUUGGACUGCUGAGGAGCUCAGAGCAGAUAUCGAGAUGGCACAACGAGAAGUGAGAGAUUAUGUCGAGCGGUCUGAGCGUGGAGAGGUGGAGGGUUGGUGUGCAAGCUUCAAGUGGGUUACUGCUAAGAAAAGCUGGCAUGCGGAGAAGUGA